GGAGCAGGAUGGGUGUUCGAGUUUCAGACCAGGGACUUAUCUAAGAUUGGAGGUCCGAGACAUUCCUUUCGAGAUGGUUGGAGAUAUUAAUCCUGGUCAUCCGAUUCUCGUUGGAGGUAUCAGUCCCAGAGAAGAAAAUAUUGGAUAUAUGCAGGCAACACUUAAGCGACAUACUUGGCACAGGAAAUUGUUGAAGACAAGAGACCCUAUUAUAGUUUCCAUUGGUUGGAGGCGGUACCAGACGAGCCCUGUAUAUGCCAUGGAUGACAGUGGUGACCGGCUUCGAAUGCUCAAUUACACCCCCGUUGACAUGCAGUGCCUUGCAAUGUUUUGGGGCCCCCUUGCAUCACCCAACACUGGAGUUGUUGUUGUACAGGAUCUACCAGACAAAAGGGCAGCGUUUCGCAUUUUAGCAACUGGCGUUGUUGUUGAUUUUAACCAUGCUGCGAAGAUAUUAAAGAAAUGUAAGCGGUCUAGAAUACCUUGGAAGAUCUCUGGCAAGACUGCUCUUAUUAAGAACUUGUUUAAAUCAGAUGAUGAAAUUGAUAGGUUCAAAGAUGCAAAACUUUGGACAGAGAGCGGAAUUCAGGGGAAGGUUGAAAAGGCUGCAGAAAAAGUACGGAGAAGAAAGGAUGGUGUACUUAGAGUAGGGAUUGUGGAGUGCAAGUUUAAGCGCAGAAUUUGCAUGCAUGAUACAAUUUUCAUGCGCAUGUGGAAAGAAGUUAAAGUUCCUGGUUUCUUCAACCCAUUCAUACAAAUGACUGGGUUAUCACACAGGCCCGAUGAAUUCCCGAAAGGAGUGUUAUUCAAACAUGAAACUGAUGGAGAGUCGCCCACAGAACGACGUAUGGUGGCCUUUGUUGAGGGAGAGCCUAGCUUCCAAGACCUAACUAUUGCCAAGGAAUUUGAGUUGUAUCAUUGUAAUAAAGAGGAGCAGAAGGAAUUCAAGAGACAUCCAAUGCUGGUGAUGAUUCCAAAGGAAGAAGAGAUGUUAGAAAUACAUGAGAGAGGGGAGAUUACAAAGAAACACCAAACAAAGCCAUGGACUCCCGACUGUCCUGUAGACGACCGGGUCUUGAAUUGCGCAAUGAGUCUAUAUGGAAAAGUUCCAACUUAUUUUACCUUCUUCCGACCACGUAAUCAAAUUAAAUAUAAGAAUUAGAAUAUAUCCUAAUCUUAUAAUGUAUUUGCUCCAUGUUGUUUAGAAGUACUAGCUAAUUAUAUUUCAUAUUAAAAAGAGAUCUCUUGGAGUGCAUACAAUAAUCAAUUUGGUUAAUGUUAUAAAUUAUCUGUACCUAUAUACUAAACGGUAGCAAUAGGUACUAUGCUAUUCUACCAAGUAAAAGGCUAAGACUAAAGGCAU